UAUAAAAGAAAGAUUAAUGAAUGAAACUUCAUGAGUGGCAGGAUCUUCCGUAUAGCCUCAAUAUUCAUUUUGCAACGUUUGAAACGAUUCGGUACAUCCAGUUCGAAGAAAAGUUUCGUAAACAAGACCUCUUCGAUGCCAGUUGCGCAUUACUUUAACACCUUAUCGUCUCUGGCUUAUAAUAAGUAAUUAUACUAACGCCUAGAAUCUUGUUUUUUGGCAGUACAUCAGAACACUACGAGAACAGAUCUACGAAGCGAGAGAUAUGAGAGGCGUCCCUCUGCUCGUCGUAGGGAACAAGCAAGACAAAUUAUCAAGUAAUGCUGCUUCUGGUACCAGAUAUCGGGAUAUCGUAAAUCUAGUUAGAAAACAUUGGAGGUGCGGAUACGUGGAGUGCAGUGCACGUUUCAACUGUCGAGUAGUCCAGGUCUUCAGAGAAUUAAUGAAGAGCAUUCAAGCCGUGGAAGGAAGACCACCUUCGCCGAUCCCGGCGCCUUCCCAGCCCUUGAGAUCUCGCCCUGACGAUGCCAACGAGAAGUGCAUUCUUCUUUGACAUUAAGACAAGGUUCCGAUGCACUUUUCCAAGGGAAUGCAUCGUAUACUCGCGUGCAACGCACGUUUCUCUACGGUAUUAAAGAUCCACGAGAAAAUCCGUUCGAUACUGGAAUCUGCGUGCAAGGCGAGACUGACCGGUUGAAAUCGGCACUGUGAUUGACGAUAUGUUUUUUCUUACAAUUGUCGUAAAAGAAGAAGAAAUAACGAGUUAUCGACACUACAUUGGCUUCGAGGUCAAUUUCGAAUGCGAUGCAAUUGUACGGUGCAUUUAUAUUUAAUGGGAGCCGAUUAUCUGAUACAUUGACAUUGUUCGGAUUAAAGAUUCGGUUUACAGAUAUUCUCAUCAUUCCUUAGUACUUGAGACAAAGUUAAAUAUUAUUCAUUAUGUGAACAACGGAUACGUAACGAAGUAUUUUCUUUCGUAGACCUGCUCGAUUUGUACUCUGAUGAGAAAUCAGACAAAGAUGCCGUUUAACGCAAAAUUAAUCGCUGAAAGAUCCGCCGUUAGAGUUCUUACAUGAAUUAUCAUCCGAGAUAGAGAUAAUUUUUUUUUUAAGCAGGGAAUUUCUCGUUCCGCCAGCGGAUCGACAGCAAUUCGCCUCUAGGGCAAAUCAGCUCAAACGAUAGCACAUAUAUUUUACUAUAAAUGUUUAAGCGAGGACAGCAGGAUAAAAGUAAUCACUAGUUGUAAGAACGAUAGCUACUACUUGUACACUUACACGCACGAGUCGUAUACAGG